AUGGGUUGCUUCCCUAGUAUUCAUCGUUUGCGGACCCGGAAUCCGCCAUCUCUCACCAGAGACGAAAGCUCGUCAAAACCAUUCGAUUCCGAUUCCCACUCCGGCAAUUCUCACUCCUCGCCAGAAUCCUCAUUCGGACUCAAAUCGCCAACUAUUUCAAUUGAGCUGCCGUCUCCCUCCAAAUCAAGUUCUGGCGGACCCGCGGAAUCUAUCAAAGCCGAGAAAAAACCACUUGAUCUCCCCGUCAACGAAAUGAAGGAGAAAAUGGCGGCAUUGACCUCUUCCAUUCAAGAUUACGAAGCCGAGACAACAGAGCACGGAGAAAGAUCGAUCUCAGAUCUGGACGCCAUCCUCGACAUCAUCUCAGAGAAUAGUUUGGUGUAUACGCAGCUCGAAAUUUUGAGGUCGCACAUCAACUCUUCAUAUAAGGAAAAACAAAUUGUUUUCCUUGCCCAUUUCCAACCCGCAAUUGAAGAGCUUCAUGCACGAUGGAAAGAUUUUCUGAGGCUCGGUGAAGCGGAGCAGCGCGAGAUGGCACACACGCAACGUCGGGACUCAUGUUUGAUGCGAAUGUUCACCAUCUUGAGCAACUUAAGGAGAGCGUGCGAUAAUCAACGAGAUUCAGAUAUCAAGAUUGAGCGAAAGAUAGGGUCGCAAUUUGACGAUGUAUUGGGGGGUCUCGUGGAUAUAGGAGCUCAAGAAGCCGCUUUGAAAUGGAGAAUCCUAGAGAUGGUGAUUGGGAAGAGAAGAGGGGAGGGAGAAGCAAGGCUGGACGGAAUCUUGGGGUACGGCAUAAAAGUUAGUGGGUUGCUUGUGGACGCCAUUGAGGCAUUGAGUGAAGAAGAGGAGUGA